AUGCUAGCUGGCAUUUUGUUCUACAUCGCGGAAUACUUUUACGCCGUUAGCGCAGCAUUUAUCAAGAUCAGUGUUGCAGUAACCCUUCUGCGCAUUGCUGUCGGCCGACCUGUGCUGAAGGGCGUGAUAUGGGGACUCAUUGCUCUGACCGUAAUUGCUGCUCUUGUCUUUGUUGUUGGCAUUGCCAACAUUUGCCAUCCGAUAGAGACACUGUGGGGUAUGGCCAAUGGCAAGUGCAACCUGCAACUGAACACGGAUGUCAGCCUAUUCUUUUCAGCUAUCGAGAUCCUCACCGACUUUAGCCUAUCACUACUUCCUGCAGUCUUACUGUGGAACGUCCAAAUGGUAUGUGCUGAUGAAACUCGAUACACACGAGAUCCUCACAUUGCUCUCGAGGAGAAUACUGACUGUGAACAGAAAGGGAAGGUGAAGGGAUCAGUAGCAGUCAUGCUUGCCCUGGCCUCAUUUGCCUCUUGUGCAACCAUCAUCCGACUCAAGUUUCUCACAUUAUACAGCGACCCUGGCGAGUUCAUUUACGGUACUGGAAAGAUUGGAUUCUGGUCUUUGACUGAAGAAGGCAUUGGAAUCAUCGCUGGCUCACUACCCGCACUUCGGCCCCUACUCAACCUUCGCAUCAGGAUCACCACAACCUCGAACAACACCCCAGCUGCAUCAAACGCACAUUUCGAGGCAUCUCGAGGCAAGCAGCCUUCGUCGCGCGCACCCAUCAAGAUGGAUACAUUCCAGACUCUUGGCGAAAACGAUUUCGAUCACAGCGAUGGUGACAGCCAGAAGAAUAUCAUAAAGGAGACUAGGUACACGGUGACGUCGACGCAGCUGCAGCCGAAACAAAGUUACGACAUGGGCUGGGACGAUAAGCGGCCCGACCAUGUCUCCCAUGUGUAG